GAGAGUUCAACAACCUCUGCAGCUGCUGAGAUUAUUCACUGGCUUGCUGGGGAAAGUUUGUCCUGAUCUCCUGCCCUGGCUUUGCGUCACCAGUCCCAGGUUUCUCCAGGUUUCACCCCCCAGAUCUCCAGGAAUUUCACAACUUGGAGCUGGCAACCAUAUUUGGGGCCCAUAUCAGUCCACUGCAGUGCGUGGGAGUGUGCCAUGCCACCCAGGACUGUGCCCCAGGAGGCGCGAUCCUUCACUUUCCCCCUGCUGGCCAGGAUGAAACUUCUGGUCACUUGUCUCUUCUUGAUUGGCUUGAGUGUCAUUGUUGUGCAGAAGGCUGUCGCCUCAGAGGAAUGCAUCUUUGAGAAGCUGGAUGGUGAGGAUGCCAAGUUUUGCAGAGGAGACUUAGAAGUUUUGUAUCCAGAACUGGGAGAUGUUGGCUGUAUGUACAUUCCUAGAUGCAACCAGUACCGUAAGCGGAUCAGCAAGGAAUGGAACAGCCCAAAUGUCAGAUAUCAGAAGGCAGACAGAAAUAAGCACUAUGUUCUGAUCAUGGUGGAUCCAGAUGCCCCUAGCCGAGCAAAUCCAAAGUACCGUUACUGGAGACAUUGGCUUGUCACCAACAUCAGAGGGACUGACCUGAAGACUGGGAAGGUGCAAGGCCAUGUUUUAACGGAUUAUAUCCGACCUACACCACCAUCUCAUAGCGGAUACCACCGCUAUCAGUUCCAAAUCUAUGAACAGCUGGAAUAUGAAGCCAUAUCCUUAAGCACAGAAGAAGAAGCAUCUUCGGGUUCCUGGGACAUGGAGAGCUUUGUGGAUCAGUUUCAACUGGGAGCACCUGUGGCUUCAACCCAUUUCCUCACUGAGCACUACUAAAACGAGUAAUGACAAUAAAGUCCUCUACUAUGAUGAAACGCUUUGGCUUACAUCCUGUCAUCCCUUCAGAGCACAAAAGUUAAUAAUCUCUCUUCAUUCUAACUUGUCAAUUCAGAAAACUGUAUAGUGCUCGCUUUGAUUUACAGUCCUUAGGAUUCCAUCUUCCUUCCCCAAGGCUGCUCUGUAGUGUGCAGAAGAUGAUGUUGGCACCUCUAGCUCUCCAGAAGUUCUUCAGUUCAAGGGCCUAAAUGUGUGCCUUGGAUUCCUUUUCUAUUAAUUUUGAAUCUUCUCCUAAAAUUAUAACCGUACAAAAUUUUGUAGCAACCCAUUACCCUGCUUGUGUCACAAGUUCCUCUUUACUGUGCUAAAGCUGCUCACAUCAAACUCUACAGCUCAAAAAUACUAUUUGUGCAUAUUCUUCUCAUGGCCAAGCUACAUGUUAUACAGAUCCACAGUAGUAUUCCUGAUGGUUUCUUAAAAAUAAAAAGCAGCCUUGGGGGAUCGGAGGAUGGGUGUACUAGAUCAGGGCCACAGAGAUUUGACCCUUCUUCAUGCAUAGUUUCUCCAAUGAAAGCACUGACUUUCCUCUGCUCCCCGUGUCUAUCGUGAUAUUCUACAGGCUACUCUGAUUUGUUUUCUCAUUUGUCUUAAGAAUCAGUUCCACCAAAUCCUCUUCACAUUAUUUUAAUACUCUGAGAGUUGAACUGAGAGAUCUGUGACCCGCAGUGCAAUCCUAUGCAAAGAUACUCCAGUCUAAACCUAUUGGUUUCAGUGAACUCAGACUGACUCUGGAUAGGGUUGUGAUAUGGAGCUCUCAACUUAAAAAAAAAUGAAAAAGGGGGAAAGUAGAAAGGGAGAUCAAGUGGAUUAGGGCUGUGGUGAUGGCAGACAGGAAUCUUAACUAUUCAUCUAUCCACCAUUAGGUAAAGGUAAAGGUGCAAGCACCGAGUCAUUACUGAUCCAUGGGGGGACAUCGCAUCAUGACGUUUUCUUGGCAGACUUUUUACGGGGUGGUUUGCCAUUGCCUUCCCCAGUCAUCUACACUUUACCCCCAGGAAACUGGGUACUCAUUUUACCGACCUCAGAUGGAUGGAAGGCUGAGUCAACCUUGAGCCAGCUAUCUGAACCCAGCUUCCGCCGGGAUCGAACUCAGGUCGUGAGCAGAGCUUGGACUGCAGUACUAUUGGCCAUUAACGUCACACAUAAACAUGUGUUUUUAUUGGAGAAAGCAUGCAUGCUGAAGAGUUAAACCUCUCUCUUUUUUAAAGACCUCGAUGGUCUUCCAAAUCGCCCAUAGCAGCCCUGCCAAAAUUUUAAGCAUGUCUACAUAUGUAUUCUUCCAUAUCCAAUAUAUUGGUAGUGUCUGUUUACUGUUGAAAAGGCUUCAUCAGAGCUGCACCCUUGGUGUCCAGGAGCCUCACAAAUACUGGGAGCAUCCAGAAUUCCAUUGGCACCAAACUGCCAAUUGCUGCUGUCUCACUGCUCUCACCUGGCAGUUCCCUUCUUCGUAUCCUUUCUCAGCAGAAUAUACCAUCGCUCUUUCUAUUUCUGUAUGAGUGUUUUCCUUCUUUGAAUAAACACCUAUAUAUCGUAGCAACUGCAAUUAAAAAAACCAGCAUUUCA